AUGGGCGCUUCCGCCUUCACCGCCGCCUUCGGUGCCGUCUCCGGGAUCGGCAUCGCCGCCUUCGCCAACGGUCUCAGAAAAGUUCCCGCCUUUGCCCAGCCGUGGAAGCACGUCGCGGCGGCGGGCGUGGGUGCAGCUGCGUUGGUGUGGAGCGCGGAUGUCGAGGAUACGCUGCGUGCGGACGUGGAGGGACUUCGAGCUGAGCGCCGCGAGCGCAACGCCGAGUACAUGGCGGACGUGCGAUCGAAGCGAUGA